CUUAGUCUUUGUUGAAAGAAACUUCAAUAAAGCAACAGUCUAAUAACAUCACCACCAUAAUCCAGUGGAACAGUUACCUUAUAAAGCUUGGACGGUUAUCUAUGAAACAAUUUGUCUUCAUUGAAAGAUUGUGACAACAAAAGACUUUCCAGGCAGGCAAUGAUGGUAAAAAGAGAAUAGAAAGCAGUAAAGUUCACAUAGAGGCUAAUAAUUUUCAAUAGACAACUCAUAUCAUUAUAAGAACAAAACAGAAUUCCACAGAAAAUAAUAAUAACAACAAAACAGAAUUCCAAAAAUCCUAGAAUCCAAUGAGAGAUUUUUCAGGGUCCUAGAAUAUACUGAGGAUCCAAAGCUACAUUAGGCAGUGGAUAAGAACAAUAAAAAAUCAUACUUAAUGAGGUCCCUACAUGCUAGAAAUGGGAUGUUAUGUACAGCUCUUACUAGUAACCAGGGCCUUUCAACCACCCAUGAUCAUAUACUCGAGUCAAGACUCAAGACCAUAGACAUGAAAAUAAGAAUGCAUGAUACAGAGGAAUUCAUUCAGUAGAAAAUGAAUUUGUUUGUGCAAGGCAAGUUUUUCACUCCAUAUACUAUAGUAUAUGCCUCCGCAGCAAUUGAAACAUAUAUAAUAUAGAUGGUCAAAUCAUAAAAAAUCAUAAAGAGAAAAAGGUUCAAAUAUAUGUAUCGUUAAGUUCAAAUAAAACCCCUAAAAUUUAAUAGAAUAUACAAAAGAAGAAAACAGAGUAUGCAGACAGAGACAGGUUUCACAAACCUCGUACGGACCUGAAACCAAUGGAGUGAUGAAGAAGCUAUCGAGUUUGAAUCAAGUACGAGCUCAGUUCAUCAAGAACCCUAACCCCCAAUUCCUAAAUCCAUUGCUAGGGAAUCUCGCAACCUCAUCCAACCCUAAAGAUGCCAUCUUUCUCUACAACACAAUGCUUCUUCAUCCCUUCACCCACAACCACUAUACCUUCACCCACGCACUCAGGGCAUGUACCUUACUCCACGCGCGCUCCAAAUCCCUCGAAAUCCACGCGCACCUCGUCAAGACUGGUCAUUUCUCCGAUAUCUUCAUCCAGAAUUCGCUCAUACACUCCUACCUUCUUCAAAACGACGUCGUUUCCGCAAGGCAAGUUUUUCACUCCAUCUCUGACCCUAACGUCGUUUCGUGGACUUCGAUCAUCUCGGGACUCUCUAAGUGCGGAUUUGAAUCAGAAGCCAUCGAGAAAUUUGCCUCCAUGGACGUGAUGCCCAAUGCGGCAACACUCGUUAGUGCCUUGUCCGCGUGUUCUGCCAUGAAAGCUCUGAAAUUCGGCAAGGCGAUUCAUGGUUAUGGGAUUAAAACCGGGAUUAUUGAUGGGAACUUGACUUUGUAUAAUGCAAUGUUAAAUUUGUACGGGAAGUGCGGGUCUUUUGUGAAUGCAGAGAAACUGUUUGUGAAAAUGCCUAAGAGGGAUGUGAUUUCUUGGACGAGUUUGGUGAUGGCUUAUGCACAAGGAGGGCGUUGUGAGGAAGCUGUGGAUGUGUUUAAGAGGAUGGUGGAUGAAGGAGAAGCUGAGCCAAAUGAAGCAACUGUGGUCACGGUAUUAUCUGCAUGUGCUUCUGAGGGUGCUUUGAAUUUGGGGCAAUGGGUGCACUCCUACAUUGAUUCAAGGUGUGACCUUCUGAUUGAUGGUAACAUUGGAAAUGCAUUGCUCAACAUGUAUGCUAAGUGUGGUGACAUGAAAAUGGGGUUCGAGAUUUUCAACAUCAUUGUGCAUAAGGAUGUUAUCUCUUGGGGUGCCGUUAUUUGCGGCAUGGCGAUGAGUGGUCACGGUAAACAAGCGUUGCAGCUCUUUUCGCAGAUGGUGGUUCAUGGUGUUUCCCCUGAUGAUGUCACAUUCAUUGGUUUGUUGUCUGCAUGCAGUCAUGAAGGAAUGGUGAGUGAAGGUGUUAUGUUCUUCAAAGCUAUGAAGGAUACUUAUGGCAUUGAGCCUCAAAUGAGGCAUUAUGGUUGCAUGGUUGACAUGUAUGGAAGGGCUGGUCUUUUUGAAGAAGCAGAGGCUUUCCUUAAAGGUAUGCCUGUUGAAGCUGAAGGACCCAUUUGGGGUUCCCUUCUUCAAGCAUGUAAAGUUCAUGGCAAUGUGAAAAUGUCUGAAUGGAUCAAGGGACAACUCAGUAACAGAGAUAAUGUUGGUGUUGGUACACUUGCUUUGUUGUCUAAUCUUUAUGCAAGUUCUGAAAGAUGGGAUGAUUCUAAUAAGGUUCGAAGACGAAUGAGAGGGGUUGGAUUGAAGAAGAUUGCAGGGUGUAGUUGGAUUCAGCUUGAGAUGCCCACCAACCAGAUAUUGGCUUCAGAUUUAUGUGUUGCCUAGAGAACGUAAUGGUCAGGAUCAAUGAAUUUGUGAACUGUAUAAACCAAUUUUGAUUAUAUAAAUUCCAAAGGUUGAAAAAUAAGUGACCAUCCUCAACAAUUUUGUACUUCUGUAUAUAAUUAAGACUCAAAUAUGACCUCUUUUUCUAUUUUUAGGUGACUCAACUCAAAUAUGACUUAUUCUAUUCUUGUACAAUGCAGUUAA